AUGUUUCGCAGAGCUGUAAUAACCUUUCCGCGGCGAGCGGCCGGGGCCACUGUCACGGCUACAGCGAGGUCUACAAACCAGCAUAUUCGAACCCUCUCAGUAGCAGCUCCAAGGAUGGCCCCAUUGAAGCCUCUUGAUAAUCCAAUAACUGCGACUCUUCCCUCGGAUUCCUUCCAGCUACUCCCCGAAUCCCAAAAAGCUGGAGCGGCUGAAGACGCGCUGUACGAACAACAAAUCAAGGAUGUACAGACUUGGUGGGCAAGCCCAAGAUAUGAGGGGAUCAAGAGACCCUACUCGCCAGCAGAUGUUGUAUCGAAACGAGGAAGCCAGCUGCAGUCAUAUCCAAGCUCCGUGAUGGCAAGAAAGCUGUUUAAUUUGAUCAAGGAGAGGGAGGCCAAAGGAGAGCCAAUACACACAAUGGGUGCCAUUGAUCCUGUACAAAUGACCCAACAAGCACCAAAUCAAGAGGUCCUAUAUAUUUCAGGCUGGGCAUGUUCCUCGGUGCUCACAUCAACGAACGAAGUUUCUCCCGACUUUGGCGAUUACCCAUACAAUACCGUACCAAAUCAAGUCCAAAGACUCUCAAAAGCACAAUCGAUGCACGACAGAAAACAGUGGGAUGCGCGGAGGAAGCUCAGUGCCGAAGAGCGUGGGAAGACCCCAUAUACCGAUUAUUUAAGACCCAUUAUCGCAGAUGGAGACACUGGACAUGGCGGGCUCUCUGCAGUUCUAAAAUUAGCAAAGCUUUUUGCUGAGAACGGAGCUGCUGCCGUUCACUUUGAGGACCAAAUGCAUGGAGGGAAGAAGUGCGGACAUCUUGCUGGCAAGGUUCUGGUACCAGUUGGAGAACACAUCAAUCGCCUGGUCGCAGCAAGAUUUCAAUGGGACGUUAUGGGAUCAGAAAAUCUCGUAAUUGCAAGAACAGACUCGGAGAGUGGCAAGCUUCUUUCCAGCGCGAUCGAUGUCCGAGAUCACGAAUUUAUUCUUGGGGUGGCAGAGGAAGGUAUUGAACCAUUGGCGGAAACAUUACAAGCCAUGGAGAUGUCGGGAGCAGCGGGGUCCGAAAUCGAUGUGUUUGAAGCGGAGUGGGUACAGAAGACCAAAUUGGUCACUUGCGACGAAGCUGUUGUCAAACAGCUAGAAUCGCAUAGAGUUUCACAAUCGAAAAUUGACGAAUAUCUUCAGGUGACAGCAGACAACCGGGAUAUGUCGAUUACGAAGAGGAAAUUACUCGCCUCAAAGUUCACCGACAAGCCUAUCUACUUCAACAUCGAUAUUCCACGAACAAGAGAAGGAUUCUAUCACUACCGUGCGGGUAUGAAGGCAGCUACGAAAAGGGCGAUCGAAUACGCCCCUUUUGCUGACCUUUUAUGGGUUGAGACGGGUGACCCAAAUGUCAAGAACGCUGCUCAAUUCUCGGGCGAGAUUCGGGAGAAGUAUCCCGGAAAAGGACUCGUCUAUAAUCUUUCUCCGUCGUUCAAUUGGAUGGGACAUGGUUUUAAUAAUGAGACGUUAAAGUCUUUUAUCUGGGAUAUUGCGAAGCAUGGCUUUGUUCUGCAAUUAAUCUCUCUCGCUGGACUGCACAGCACGGCUACAAUCUCAAAUGAGUUGAGCAAAGCAUUCAAGGACGAUGGAAUGUUGGCGUAUGUUGACUUAGUACAAAGGCGAGAGAAGGAGCUGGGCGUGGAUGUUCUCACGCAUCAGAAGUGGAGCGGUGCAGCUUAUAUUGAUGGGAUUCUUGGUGCUAUCCAAAGCGGAAGCAGCAGCAGCAAGAGUAUGGGAGAUGGAAAUACUGAGGGCCAGUUCUAG